UUUUUUAUUUCUCUAAUGGAAAAGACAUCUCGUCUUGAGACAGCGACAGGGUCGACUCUUCUGAACGUAGAGCUGUGCGGACGACAGUCAUCUUCAUUUCAGCUAGAGUCGGGACGUCAGAGGAACUUGGUAAAGAGCAGAAUGGCAGCACAGGAGAAGAGGAUUUCAGGAAAGGGAGCUUCAACCAUGGCCAACAAGGGUCCGUCGUACGGGAUGAGCCGCCAAGUGCAGGAUAAAAUCGAGCAGAAGUACGACCCCGAGCUGGAGGUGCGUUUGGUGGAGUGGAUCGGGACUCAGUGCGGCUCCGGGGUCGGAAAACCGGAGGCUGGAAAACUGGGCUUCCAAGCCUGGCUCAAAGACGGAUGUGUGUUGUGUGAGCUCAUCAAUACUCUGUGUAAGGACAAGCCUGUGAAGAAGAUCCAGAGCUCCAGCAUGGCCUUCAAACAGAUGGAGCAGGUCUCACAGUUCCUCAACGCAGCCGAGAAAUACGGCGUGGUCAAAACCGACAUGUUUCAGACCGUAGAUCUGUGGGAGGGGAAGGACUUGGCCGCGGUGCAGAGGACACUCAUGGCUCUGGGCAGCAUCGCCGUCACUAAAGAUGACGGCUUCUUCCGUGGAGACCCCAGCUGGUUCUUCAAGAAAGCUCAGGAGAACCGGAGAGACUUCUCUGAUGACCAGCUGAAGGAAGGGAAGAAUGUGAUCGGUCUGCAGAUGGGAUCCAAUAAAGGGGCGACCCAGUCUGGCAUGACGGGCUACGGCAGACCCCGACAGAUCAUGAACCCAUGAGCAUCCCAGAGGAGUCAUGAACACCUCUCCACAGCCUGCGUCUGAGAGAUAGUCGGUCUAAUUAAAAUCUUCUGUGAUGAACGGA